CGGCGUUGCUGUCUCCAGCCCAUUCCCAGCUUGCAUUGUGAUUACAUUUUGGCCACGUCCCUGGGCCACGUCGCUCUUCACGCCAUAUUUUAACUAGCUAGCUAACUUAACAAGGCCCUAGGAAACGUAGUCAGUCGGCUUGCACAGGCAAGGUGGAAAGGUUUGUCUGCACUGAACGAACGCUUUUAUAUGCGUCCUUGAUCGUCGCCCCUCGGAAGAUCGGUCCCUGCUUGCGUCCAUUACAGCCAUGAACAUUUUCAGGCUCACCGGGGAUCUCUCUCAUUUAGCAGCCAUUAUUAUUCUGCUGCUGAAAAUAUGGAAAACAAGGUCUUGUGCCGGUAUCUCUGGGAAAAGCCAGAUACUCUUCGCCUUAGUCUUUACUACCCGCUAUCUGGACCUCAUCACCGCCUUCAUUUCCCUCUAUAACACCUCCAUGAAGGUCAUCUACAUCGGUUGCGCAUACGCCACCGUCUACCUGAUCUACGUCAAGUUCAAAGCCACCUACGACGGCAACCAUGACACAUUCAGGGCGGAGUUCCUGGUGGUGCCUGUCGGUGGGCUGGCCUUCCUGGUUAACCACGACUUUGCUCCACUGGAGAUCCUGUGGACGUUCUCCAUCUACCUAGAGUCGGUGUCCAUCCUGCCACAGCUGUUCAUGAUCAGCAAGACGGGCGAGGCGGAGACCAUCACCACGCACUACCUGUUCUUCCUGGGUCUGUACCGCGCCCUCUACCUCAUCAACUGGAUCUGGCGCUUCUACUUCGAGGGCUUCCUCGACCUGAUCGCCAUCGUGGCCGGUGUGGUCCAGACCAUCCUCUACUGCGACUUCUUCUACCUUUACGUCACCAAAGUUCUGAAAGGGAAGAAGCUCAGCCUGCCUGCGUAAAGUGCCAAUGACCAGUGGCAACGCCCCCGCAGCCUCCAUUGGCUACGCCCGACAUCGUGGCCGCCAAUUGAGCGCAAGAUGCCUGAGACGGAGUGUGAAGGGGAACACAGCUUUUUAAUUUUUUUUAUUUUAUUUUUUGUAUUUUAGAUUUUGGUACCUCCUGAUCAUCGUCUGCAAAAAAACGAA